AUGGGAACAGGGAUAGUAGGAAUCCUCUUCCACGCUCUAUCCAAACUCUAUCCUUCAUUCGAGACGCCUCUCAACAUCCUCAGCACUAUCUUCUUCAUUCUCAACAUCGUUCUCUUCGCCGUCGUCUUCCUCAUCAGCAUCCUGCGAUACACGCUCUACCCCGCGACCUGGACACUAAUGGUGCAACACCCUGUGCAGUCUCUUUUCCUCGGCACACUGCCCAUGGGAUUCGCAACACUCAUCAAUCUCUUCGUCGCUCUCUGCGUACCUGCUUGGGGUGGCCGGACGCCAUACAUAGCCUGGGGCAUGUGGUGGAUUGACGUCGUCGUCUCCAUUGUGUGUUGUCUGUGGCUUCCAUUCCAGAUGAUGACUACGCAUCAGACCCGCCACGAGACGAUGACAGCGGCAUGGCUUCUGCCUAUUGUUGCGCCCAUUGUCGCAGCUGCAUCUGGAGGCGUCGUGGCAUCCGUGCUGCCCGAUCCGCAUCAUGCAGUCAUCACGAUCGUCACCAGCUAUGUCCUCUGGGGCAUCGGCGUGCCGCUUGCGAUAGUUAUACUGACGAUAUACUUCCACCGCCUCGCGAUCCACAAGCUGCCACCCCAGGAAGUCAUCGUCAGCGUGUUCUUGCCCCUAGGGCCUAUGGGACAGGGCGGUUACGCUGUGAUGCAGCUCGGUAUUCAGGCCGCGAAGCGUUUUCCUGAGACCGGCACCUUGCAUUCCAUGUCUGGGGAGGUUCUCUAUGUCCUUGGCUGGGCUGUCGCCAUACUUUUGUGGGGCUUCGGACUUGUUUGGCUGUUCUUCGCCAUUGCGUCGAUCAGCCGGAGCAGGUUUCCUUUCAACAUGGGAUGGUGGGGAUUCACAUUCCCAGUGGGUGUUUUCACCAUGUCGACGAUCACGAUUGGAGAGGAGCUGCCCUCUGCCUUUUUCAGGAUUCUGGGAACCGUGUUUGCCAUCAGUGUCAUGCUGCUUUGGGGUGUGGUCGCUGCUGGGACUGUAAAGAACUUGUUCUUCGGAAAGUUGGUUGAGGCGCCUUGUCUCAGAGAGAUGGAAAGGCGAGCUGCAGCUGCCGCCGCCGCUGCUGAAGAGAAGGCGAAGCAAGAUGUCUAA